CUUUGGUAGAGAAUUGAAAUUAAUAGCCAUGUUUUUCAAGCUUGUUAUAGUCAUACUAGUAAGCCUAGCAGCAGCUGAAGAUCUCAAUUUCACCUAUAGUGGUUUCCUGUCUGCUAAUCUUAGCCUAGAUGGCGUAGCCCAAGUCACAUCCAAUGGCCUUCUGAAGCUUACAAAUGACACUGGAAAUGACACUGCACUCGGCCAUGCCUUCUACCCCAACCCAGUAACCUUCAAGAACUCAUCCAAUGCUACCGCUUUCUCCUUCUCUACCACUUUUGUGUUCGCUAUCAGAUCCGGAUUCGGACCGCGUUUCGGUGGCCAUGGAAUUGCCUUUGUCAUUGCUCCGACAAGAGGGCUCCCGGGAGGUUUUCAAAACCAGUUCCUGGGCGUUUUCAAUGAAACCAAUAACGGCAACGCCAGCAACCAUAUUUUUGCUGUAGAGCUUGACCCCGUACAGAACCCCGAGUUUGGCGACAUCAACAACAACCAUGUUGGGAUUGAUAUCAAUGGUUUGCGCUCAGUGAAGUCAACUCCAGCGGGAUAUCAUGCUCUAAACAAUGGCGGUUUCCGAAACUUGACCCUCAUCAGUGGUCAACCAAUGCAAGUUUGGGUGGAGUAUGAUGGUAUCCAGAAGCAACUCAAUGUCACUUUGGGUCCAAUCAAUGUUGAUAAACCCCAUAUUCCACUCUUGUCUUUGAAGUAUGACCUUUCCACGGUCCUUAAUACGACCAUGUAUGUUGGCUUCUCCUCUACUGCUGGCGCAGUCUUCACAUCUCAUUAUGUUCUAGGAUGGAGCCUUGAGAUGAAUGGCCAGGCUCCAAAACUUGUUCUCUCACAACUUCCUAAGCUGCCCCGGAUAGGACGUAAAAAAAUAUCUAAUUUUUUGACUGUUGGUGUGCCUGUGAUGUCUGUGAGUUUGGUUUUGCUAGUGGUUUCAGGUUUAAUUUAUUUCAUAAGAAGGAAGAGGAAGUUUGCAGAAUUAGUUGAAGAUUGGGAGCUUGAGUAUGGGCCUCAAAGGUUUAAAUACAAAGACUUAUAUAUUGCCACAAAUGGAUUUAAGGAGAAGGAGCUUUUGGGGACUGGGGGUUUUGGUAAAGUCUAUAGAGGCAUAUUACCCUCCUCAAAAUUUGAGAUUGCUGUGAAGAGAGUCUCACACGAAUCGCGACAGGGGAUGAAGGAAUUUGUUGCAGAAAUUGUGAGUAUUGGCAGGCUUCGCCAUCGAAAUUUAGUCCCACUCUUGGGCUAUUGCAGAAGAAAAGGGGAGCUGCUCUUGGUCUAUGACUACAUGCCUAAUGGAAGCUUGGACAAGUACCUCUAUGACCGCCCUACGGUCACUCUCAAUUGGAGCCAGAGGUUUAGAGUGAUCAGAGGUGUGGCUUCAGGGUUGUUCUAUCUUCAUGAAGAAUGGGAACAAGUUGUGAUUCACAGAGAUGUGAAGGCCAGCAAUGUGUUACUCGAUGGUGAAUUGAAUGCAAGGCUAGGAGAUUUUGGCCUUGCAAGAUUAUAUGACCAUGGAACAGACCCUCAAACUACUCAUAUAGUUGGUACACUUGGGUAUCUAGCUCCAGAGCAUAUAAGAUCGGGCCGGGCCACAACGAGCACCGAUGUGUUUGCUUUUGGGGCAUUUUUGCUCGAAGUAGCUAGUGGAAGAAGGCCAAUAGAGGCACAAGGUCCGGACCAGGAUUUGAUUUUGGUUGAUUGGGUGUUUUCUUUUUGGAACAGAGGUGCCAUUCUUGAGGCAAGAGAUCAAAACUUGAGUUCUGAAUUUGUAGCCGAGGAGGUGGAGUUGGUGUUGAAGCUUGGGCUGUUGUGCUCUCAUUCAGAGCCUACAGCCAGGCCAAGCAUGCGCCAGAUUGUGCAGUAUUUGGAAGGUGACAUUGCUUUUCCUUUGCUCUCUCUUCUUGGGCUCUCUUCAAAUGGCUCGACUUUUGCUCACCAUGAAGGUUUUGAUGAUUUUGCAAUGUCAUAUUCGUCUUCUCUGGGCAAGGGGUUUUCACAUUCAUCAUAUGCUGCAGAGUCCACAUUCCUCUCGGGUGGUCGCUGAUUUGACGCAAUUAUGAUUGUCUAGCACACUAGAAUGUUGACUGUACUUAUUAGUUUGGUAAGUUGUUAUAUAAAAAUCAGUACUGUAACAAUCUGUAUGUAAGUUGGGUGAGAAUAAAAUUCUGCAAAAAGUACUAAUUCCAUACA